UGAGUCCCACAAUAAUACUUGUCUCAACGAAAUGGCAGUCUGUACCUUCCGCUUAAUCAACGGAUCAGUGAUAGUGUUAAUUGGAGGAGUGGGGUUUGUACUGUGUGUAACGGUAGUGUGCUGUAUCACAUUCAACAUCAUACACCUCUCUGAACAGCAGAACGUGUUCGUGAUGAACGUGCUGGUUUGUGAGAGUUGUAUUGCAGUGAUAGGACUACUCAGAGGUAUGGGGAUAAUAUCAAGGAAGUGGGCUGGUGUGGAGGAGGAGCCUGGAGGCAGGGAGCUUAUAUUUUGUCACAUUUACCCUCUCGUAUCUAGAAUAUUUUGGUAUUCUAAAGUCCCGGCCCUGCUGCCCCUAACAAUUGACCGGUUUGUAGCGGUGGUGUUCCCUUUGAGGCACAAAUCAUGGAUAACACGCAGAACAAGCCUUGUGAUGAUAACUGCUCAGUGGACUCCCUGUAUCUUACUGGUUAUCUAUCAGAUUAUCAACUUUUAUCUUGGAAACAGCCAGAUAAGAUAUCAGAAGUUCUACCACCGCUGUGUGUUAUACGGUGAAAACAAGUUGAUCAACAGACUAGACGCAGUCGUCUUCACCAUCACUCCCUUCAUCGUGAUAGCAAUCCUGUACGCCAUCAUCAUCUACAACAUCAUCAAGAGUGGGAGGAACUGCACCAAGCUCCUCUUCAGAUCCAGUAUGAUAGUAAUAAUGUGUGUAGUGGCCUACACUCCAACCUUCAUACUAGAAGCGGGAGUUAGGAUGAGUUACACGUGCGCGCAAGUGUCCACCGUCACUCUCUACUACGUAAACUGUGUGUUUGACCCUAUUAUCUACGUUUACUCGGAUCCCAAUGUGAGGGGGAGUCUGAGGUGGAGGGUAGGUGACAGGAGGAGGAGGAGAGGGGCUGUUUUUAACAGUACGAUUAGAAGGAGCAGGUUACCAAGCUAUCAAGCAGGUUCCCGUGGAAGUAUAGGUACAAGGGUGACUAACUCCUCACGUGGAAGUAUAGAUAACUCUUCUCGUUAUAAUCUCAUGGUCUCGAAGUGA